GCAGAGAAAGUAGAAGGUCCAUGGCGGAUGUGCCGCGCGUGUCCGUGGACGGUGCUUUGAUGUCGGACUAAAGGCGCCACGUCGGCAGAUGCUGCGGUUGAAGCAAGUCUUGCGUGGAUCUGCGUGGACCUGACUGAACAGAACCGAGCCCACCCCCCACCCCCUAAGACUCUCAGGGAUAAAGUAGGUUAUCAUCUAUCGGGAGGCAGAUCCACGGACUCAGGUGUGGAACCAGUGGAACAAUGGUGAAGAAUGUGAACAGUGUUAACGCCGAGUCCCUGCUGGGCGCUGCAGCAUCCUCAGACCAAGCCCAACCCUUGAGUCUGUCAGCCGAGGACUCUGGGAAAGACCAUGUGGCCCCCCCACCCAGCGUGGUGUGGAGGGUGACCGGAGGCCUCUUCAAUGUCACUAAAGGCGUGGUGGGUGCAGCAGUGGGUGGUGUAGCCUGGAUGGGUGGAAAGAGCUUGGAAAUCACCAAGUCUGCUGUGACCACAGUGCCGUCAGUGGGGGUGGAGCUGGUGAAGGGGAGCGUGUCAGCUAUGGCGGGCAGCGUCUCCACAGUGGGUUCGACUGUUGCCAGUAAAGUCCCGUUUACCUCAAAGAGGAAAGACAAGGCUGAGUAAAGACGAUGAUGGACCCAUGAUGAUCAGAAGCUUUCCGCCACUCAGACUGUCCACAGUGGAGUCCACCAUGGACCUCCCCCAUGGAGCUACCCUGUGGAGCCCACUGGGGCCCACCAUAGUGCCUUAUAUACAGGAUCCACACUUACACAUGUUAUACAGACACACACACAAUGUCUGUGUGUGUGUGUGUGUGUGUGAUUCCAGGUUCAAUGGACUGCUGGAUACUUCAUGAUGUUUCAGUUUGUGAAUGAAAUGUUUCAUUUAUACAUAAAGUCUGUAGUGAAUGUGUUACAUGAAUAACUCAUGUCUGUGUGACAGGAAAUGUUUGUGUUGAGGAAAAUAAAGAGUUCUCCAGUU